AUGGAAGUGAUAAAAAAGAAUCGGAGGAAAUUAUUAGUGACACAUGAAGAGCCGCAGUAUUCUCAGUUGAACACUCAAGGAUCUCGACCUUAUACAUUAUUCAAAUCAAUAUAUACUAAUAAUACAGAUCGAUCACAAGAAUAUUCUUUCAAGACUGAACGAUCGACAGAAAGCUUAUGCAGUGUUAUCCGAGAACAAGGCUAUGUGAUCGGUGGCGAAUGUGAACUUACACUUAAAACACCAUGUGAGAUAGCAGAGCUGAAGGCUGGUUUCAAGCGUGAAAUGAAUUUUAACAAUGUAAAUGAAAAUACAAAAUCUGAAGUGAUGUCUUGGGCCGUGGAUAGUACUGUUAUUGUACCGCCACACUACAAAACUGAAGCUUCAAUUAUCAUUGAAGAGAUGAAUUAUCAGGGAUCAUACGUAAUUGCUUCUGUACUUUCUGGAUCAGUGACUAUAUCUAUUCGAAGGAGAAAAGAUGGAGCUUUAGUACUUCCAAUAACAGUAAAUAUAGUCGAAGUAUUCCGCGAGCAUUUGGAAUCACGACAUGUUAGGAAGGAAGUGAAGGCAUCAGCGAUGGUUCAGGGCAAUCAGUGUGUACGGAUAACGUCUAAGGGAGUCUGCUCUUUCCAGUUUGCGUUGAAGCAACGAAUCGAUCUCAAGGAGGAACCAUUCGGCGAUGAAGAAAAAUUGAUGGUCGACUGA